CCGCCACCUGACGGGUGGUCCGCGAAACGUGCGCGCGUUCAGAGCGUCCGCAUAGCCGCCGUUCACGUCGAAGCCGGACAGUAUGGCUUUGGCUGCCGGUCGGUUCGCGUUGGUGGUGUUCUACGGUGUUGUUACGGUGUGCUGUCAGUCACGAGUGUGCGUGUCCACUUUUUCUCGAACGGAGAACAUCCCGUGAAACGUGGACACGACAGAAAAACUGCAGGGACGAUCAGCCGAGGGGCGAGACUGGCAAGCUACACUGGCAGAGAUGCGGCGAAAUGUGAAAAUUGUGUUGCUUCUGUCAUGCGCGUGGAUGUUCGCCUUUGUUUACUACUACCACACGUCGCGCGAUACUAAGAACGAAAACAGAGCGUUGCGACUGAAAGAGCCUGCAUCGUUGGCUCUGUCCGCCGGAAAUUCCGGCAACUACGUGGAUCCGGAUGGCACAGCCAUUGUGAUGUCGUCUGAGCUGUUACCAGCACCCACUCCGGAUCCGAGGGUGACAUGGAACUACUUUGACGAACAGGGGUACGUUUCGAGAGGGGGUCUCCGAGCAGGGGAAGACCCGUACGCCAGGAACAAAUUCAACCAGGAAGCCAGCGACGGUCUCCCCAGCAACCGCGAUAUUCCGGAUACUCGCAGUGCCAUGUGUCGAAUGAAACAAUGGAGGAGAGACUUGCCGCCAACUUCUGUGAUAAUCACCUUCCACAACGAGGCUCGGUCUACUCUGCUAAGAACCGUCGUCAGCGUCUUAAACAGGAGCCCCGAGCAUCUGAUCAAGGAGAUCAUUCUAGUAGACGACUUCAGUGAUCAUCCCGAGGAUGGUGAAGAGCUGUCGAGGAUACACAAAGUGCGAGUGAUACGCAACGAAAAGAGAGAGGGUUUGAUGAGGUCGAGGGUGCGAGGAGCGGAUGCAGCCACCGCGAGCGUAUUAACGUUCCUCGACUCGCAUUGUGAAUGCAACGCGGACUGGCUGGAACCCCUUUUGGAGAGGGUUGCUGAAGAUCCUACGAGGGUCGUAUGCCCUGUUAUUGACGUCAUAAGCAUGGAUACCUUCCAAUAUAUCGGAGCGUCAGCGGAUCUCAGGGGUGGUUUCGACUGGAGCUUGGUAUUCAAAUGGGAAUAUCUGAGUCAAUCGGAGAGACUAGCCCGACAGAAGGAUCCCACGCAAGCGAUCAGAACACCGAUGAUCGCGGGCGGUUUGUUCGUGAUCAACAAGGCGUACUUCGAGAAGCUCGGCAAGUACGACACCCAGAUGGACGUUUGGGGUGGCGAGAAUCUCGAAAUCUCCUUCAGAGUGUGGCAAUGCGGUGGCAGCCUGGAGAUUAUUCCGUGCUCGCGUGUCGGCCACGUGUUUCGUAAACGCCACCCCUACUCGUUCCCCGGGGGGAGCGGGAACGUGUUCGCCCGCAACACCAGACGAGCAGCCGAGGUGUGGAUGGACGAUUAUAAACAGUUCUACUACAAUGCGGUCCCGCUGGCGCGAAAUAUACCUUACGGAAAUAUUCAGGACAGAAUGGAGCUGAAGCGGAAAUUGCACUGCAAGCCGUUCAGCUGGUAUCUGAAAAACGUGUAUCCUGAGUUGGUUAUACCCACCAGCGAGGGUGGUCCUGGAGGAUCUUUGAAACAAGGACCGGCAUGCUUGGAUAGCAUGGGCCAUCUACUAGACGGCAAUGUAGGACUUUAUCCGUGUCACGACACCGGUGGUAACCAAGAAUGGGGCCUAACAAAGGACGGUCUGAUAAAGCACCACGAUCUCUGUCUCACCCUGCCGGUGUACGCGAAAGGCACCACGUUGCUGAUGCAGAUUUGCGACGGCAGCGAGAACCAGAAGUGGAGGCACCUGGAGGGUGGUCUGAUUCGUCAUUCGAGGAUCCCUGUGUGCGUGGACUCGAGAUACCACGCGCAAAGAGGAAUCACCGCGGAGAAAUGCGACUCGAAUGCCGAGACGCAGAGGUGGCACCUGUACAACCAUAAUCACUAGCUCGCGAGCAACAGGAUAAGUGGCUCGUGAAAGUCGCGGUGCCGUCGUCACUCGCGAAGGACUCAAGGAGUGCGUUAUCUGAUCAGAAGAAGACGGGUCGAUCUGAUCAGGACGAGUGACUUGAUCGAUCCUAGAUCGAGGUUGCUCGAUCGUAUCGGACGAUAAUUGAACCUUCUCGAGCCGAUGGACGAUUGUAUGAUAUACGUAUAUAUACUCGUAUCGAUGAGACUGUUACGAGAUUCUUGAUUAAGGUGUUAGCGGAACGGGAGUAACAUUUACUAGUGAGAUUACGGAGACGUCAUAUUUUGUCAAGGGAGAGCUUCGUUUUUUAUUUUUACCUUUCCGAAUCGAGUAGAAAGCGGGUUUGAAGUUUCGCCUUUUAGAAAGAUGCUAAGAGAACAUUCUGAUACGGCAGGUCGAUCCUGGAAGUCUGCUUUCGAAGUAUUUUGCGUCCCGGUGCAUUUGUCUUAACAUCGAUGAUCUCAAACUAUCGUAUAAACGAGAAAACCUGUUUUAUCGACCGAUUUUCUUUCCAACGAAGCAUUUAUGAAAUUCUCAUUAUUUUCGAAUCGAUUCACAGAAUCGUAGUUGUUUUCGAUACAGCGGUUUCUACCAGCGGUAAAGAUAAAAACUGUCGCGAUUAUUUCUUUCUUAGCUGAACUUAUUAUACACGUACAGCCUCGAGCUCGAUCGCGGCGUGAAUCGAUCAAACUUCUCGAUCAAAGGCGUACGCUACAAUUCUCACGAAAGAGAUUUAUUUUUGUAUAAGAAAUCGUAUACUUACUUGGUUGUGCGAAAGCUCGACGCGUUUUAUACGUAUUUGUGUACAACGAAAGCGUUGUUCUUGCAAUUACGCUGGCUCUGCGUAACAGGGAUCCAUCUCUAGUCGUGAGAAUGAAAUUUUGUAUCGAACGACGACAUUCGUUGAGUAUGUAGAACGCGUCGAGCUUAUUGAAAGGGAGAAAAUGAUGCGACUAAUACAGCAAUACGUAGCAAGGGGAUGAUCUUUUGUACACUUAUACUUUCACGACGACAAUGAUCUUACUGCCGUCAUCUCGCAUUGACACUAACACACGUUCGUACAUACGUACGCGAAUACGUACAUCGUGAUUACGCUAACGAAGUUACUACUGUAAGCUUUUGUAUGAUACUACAAGCGCGCCCUUUUAAUCGCCUAUACACACGCUCGUAGCUUUAUGGAACGCUGUACAUUAAGAGUGGUUGUUUUUACUCGAAGAAUUAGGCUCAUUCGGACUAUACUUGAAACCAAUAACUAGGAAUUUAUGCGAUGGAUACUAAUUGUACAUACACGGAUCUUGUGCUUUAAGAAAGAUACAGUGAGAUCUGUUAAAUGAUCAUAUAUACGAAUUACACUGUCAGACAGAUCUUACUGUAUUCAGCAUCGAUUUUGAUGAAACCUUGCGCUUAACAAAUACUUUCUUUUGUCCAAUCCUUUGUUUACAAAAUCUCGAUUAAAUCCUUCAAAUUCUUUUCUAAAUUAAGCUGCAAGUAAAAAUGCAAUUACUGGCCUUUUUUCUCAGCCCUCCAGAAAGUCAUUCAGAGAUACAAGACAUUGUAAUCGAACAAACAAGAUUAAAGGGUACGAUCCCUUUUUCUCGAUGUAACUCGUGAAUCAUAUUAUACUACAUAAUCGAUUUAAUCGUAUAUCUCCCGUCCUAAAGUGUCUCUGAGUACUUUCUUCGUUAUCAGAUUGGUGUUGAAUAGAUUGCAAAUCUUUUAAAACAUUUUUUAGUUAUAAAGAAAUGUCACGAAAUUGGCGUAGCUACAGAACAGAGUGGGCCUCCAUGAUUGAUCAUUCCAUAUAACAUAGGGGUUGUAGGACCCCUUACAAACUCAGUACGAAUUUUCAAACUUGCAAAUUUCCGAGUCUCCCUAAAUUCUUUAACUCCCAAGGUGCCCACUCCUAAAAAAGAUUGCGCCAAUGUUCACUACGGAUAAGUAUCAUAAAGGAUUUGAAACUGUACAGCAAGCAAACUGCUUGAAAGCGCCCAUCAGUAUGCAGCUACAUUGUUCACCGCUUUCGUCGCGUGUUUCUCACGAAGCAAUCAUAACCGUGCGUAAUAAAUUGUACAUAUGACAUGUUUAGGAAACGUAAGCUUACGAGACACGUUGUACUUCCAUGAUCUGUAAACUGUAAGAUAACGAGCGACUUAACGUUAAGCUAGCAGAGCAAUUUGCUCGUUGUCGAGCACUAUCGACUUGGUGCUCGACCGGGAUACAAUAACAGAUUGCGCUGUACAUUGAAAACGAAUAUACACGAUUUCCCGUACGAUACGUUGAAUUGUUCAUUAGGCUUGUAUUUGUUAAGACGAAGCCUCGAGUGGGAGGGCUGUGCUAUUAUGAUGGUGCAACAUGUCACGAUUUCUUGUUCUAGGAACGAGGCAAAGUGAUCUGUGACAUAUAUUGUUAACUUUUAAUAUGCCUGUUACUUUUACAUCGUGGUAUAUGUUUAAAGAAAUUCUAUUUCCGUACAAAGACCGCAGAUAAAUGAUGUUGUUAUUAUUUCAGGAUUCUCAUGAUCAAUAUAUGUAUAUUAGAUUUUAAUACUCCCCUUACUUUUAUAUCACAUUAUGAUAUUUGUUUGAAGACAUUCUAAUUCAAUAUGGAAACCUCAGGCAGUCAGUAUACACUGUAUAUUGUCGAUACAAUAUUAUAGAGAACCCUGAAGUAUUGACAAUAUACCUUGAUCGUCUGAGGUAGCCAUUAGAUUGAAGACUCGGUGUGUUAACAUUAUUUUUAAUAUUUAAAAAUAGCCAAAUGAGUUACUUGUUUCAAAGUUUUCAUUUGUGAAGGACUGUCAAAGGGAAACGUCGUUUAUCCCUUGCAUUGAAAUUGUAACGAAUUUACAAUUUCCGUUAAUAAAAUAAUCUUGAAAAUAUA